GAUUUCUUUUAUGAUAUCAAAGCCUAGGAUUAUUAAACACUUUCUUUGAACAUAUCAUUAAAUUGUUAAGAAUUUAGCAUCCCACUCAAAUUGCAAUUGUUGAUGUUUUGUUGUGGGCUACAAGGUAUUUAACCUGAGAGACAUUAAAAAAUUUACAUUUAUCUGCACGAACUAACUUUCGGCUUUUUUUGAACUCUUAAUUGCCUUCAAGUUCUAAGAAAACUAGAAUAAGUUUGGCACGAAGACUUGCUCCGAGAAGUUGAAGAUUUUUUUUGAGAAAAAAGUUAUUUAUGAUGCUUAGUUUCCUUGGUAAUAUAUUCAUCUUUGAAUCGGCCUCUCUCAUUUCAAAGCAAGUGUUACAUACUUACAACACCGGGUGGCAAAUUGAAAUUUCGGUCGUUCAAUUAUUUCGAACAAAUUAUGGCAUAAAAACCUCGCAAUUCAUUUUGGACGCAUCGAGGAAUUCACCGCAGGGAUAUACGUGAAAAUAUUUACAGAAAAACACCGUGUCAAGAGAGUCAAGAGACGUAGGUGACGACCUGAAGCAGCAAUGGAGGAAGAAGAUUCCGAAUACGUGGACUUGCGUUGCGGCUGGCGCUCUUGGAAGCCAAAAUUCAUGCAACAAUUUAACAGUCCAAAAUGGUUUCUUUUCUUCUUUACCGUUUUCUCCUGUGUACAAGGCAUGAUCAUCAGCGGUUUCACGGCAGCGGGCCUCACGUCGAUGGAACGGCGUUUUCAACUGAGCAGUAAACAAGCGGGUAUGAUCGUUGCGGCGCACGACGUAUCUUCGCUGGUCUUCGUCGUGUUCGUUAGCUAUUACGGCGAGACACGACACAAAGCGAAGUGGAUCGGUAUCGGAGCACUGGUGACGAGCAUCGGUUGUCUCCUCUUUGCUUUGCCGCACGUCUUGGCGGGAAAAUAUUCGCCAAACGAGAGAGUUGGAUCCUCCCUGGAAGACGCUUUGUGUUCACCAACAUCGCGAAACCAAACGACAACGUGUGAAAAUCUCUCCGCGUCGGAAUGGAAAUAUAUGUUCGUCUUCAUUGGCGCCAAGUUAGUUCUAGGAGUAGGCAUGACCCCGGCUUUUACCCUCGGACCAGCAUACAUCGACGAGAACGUGUCCCCGGAGGUUGCACCCAUGUAUAUUGGGGUGUGGUUCAUCGCGACUUUCUUUGGACCUGGUGUUGGAUACCUAGCUGGAGGAACGUUGAUGAAUAUCUAUGUUGAUCUCAUUCAGCCUCCAGAUAUGGAUCUCACACCUUCAGACCCGCGCUGGGUGGGUGCAUGGUGGUUGGGAUAUGUAUGCGGUGGCACCAUACUGCUUCUCACAUCUCUACUUAUCCUUGCAUAUCCUCGUGAAAUGCCUGGCACGAAGCAGAUCCGAGCGAAAGCUGUACGCGACGGAAAAGUAAAGGAGAAGAACCAGAAUCUUCAUGGUCGUAUGUCAGAGAUCAUUCCAGCGACGAAAUAUUUGAUAUGCAACGCGGUGUACAUGUGCAAUACCCUAGCGCUGACAGGUACAGGGCUCGUGGUCCAGGGCUUGGCACCGUUCAUAUCCAAGUUCCUGCAGUCGCAGUUUGGCGCGAACACGGCAGAUGCGGGCAUCUUCGCCGGUGUGGUCAUAAUCCCCGGUACUGCGGGCGGUAUCAUCCUGGGUAGUUACUUGAUCAAACGGCUCGACCAGAGGAUCGUGUGUAAACACGCUGCGAAGUAUUGCGUCAUAUUCUCGUUCGUCGGGAUAUUCGGAACGUUGACGUUCUUGAUCCCCGGAUGUCAAACGACCGUCAUUGCUGGCGUGAACACACCAUACCCAGAUUCUUCAAGUCUCCAGAAUAUGUCGUCAUGUUACAGUCCAUGUCACUGUGAGAAAAAGCAGUACAUUCCAACCUGCGGUAGAAACAAUAUCACAUAUUAUGAUCCCUGUCACGCUGGCUGCUCGCUUUUGUUCCCAAACAAGACGUAUUCAAACUGUCGUUGUGUUGCACAAGCUAUGAAUGCCUCAGUGUUCGAGAGCACGGCCAAGCCAGGGAUUUGUGAUAAGAAAUGUAAAAACCUGGUACCGUUUCUUUUCGGAGCAUUUGUAUUGUUGUUUACCAAUUUUAUUGUUGCCACACCGAACAAGACUGUUGUGUUACGAUCAGUGCCGUACAAUUUGCGAUCAUAUGCUCUGGGAUUCCAAUGGUUGAUCAUGUCAUCGCUGGGUUCGAUGCCAGGACCAGUGUUGUUCGGUGCGUUCAUAGACAAAACCUGUAACCUUUGGGAAAAACGAUGCGACGAGACAGGAGCAUGUCUGGAGUACAAUAAUUCUCAGCUUAGUUACCUCAUUCUCGCUGCUGGUUUGUUAUUUCAAGUCCUAGCAACAAUUCUGUACUUCCUCUCGUGGUAUUUCUGUAAGUCGAACAAGCCACUAGAAUGUGGAGAAAAGAGCGUGGUGACCGCGGACGAAGGUGUAGCAGACUGGGAGCUACAGCGAAUCCAAGAGGCUCGUAAUACGGGUUCUCCGCUUAUCCAGGUCCGAGGCCUGGCCACCAAUGACGAUAAAGACAUUCGUGCCAGUCAGUUGUCGUUGGUUUCACUCACAGCGCAAGGUAUGGGCAAUGUUGCUCGAUAUCCGUCAAUGACCCUAGAUGACAAGUUGUGAUUCUUCACCGACGCUCGACGAUCACCCCAGUUGUACAUGCGUACCUUGCGGUUAGCUUGGCCUUUCAGCCAGACAUGAUGGCGUUUUCCACGACGAGAUUUCGAAUCUGAUAAUAUCCUCUGUAUCACUUCAUGGUAUUUAGAACUUUUAGAAAUUCACAUACAAAUUCAAGCAUUAAUUGCUGACUUCUUCAUUACAUCUUACUACGAUAAGACAACAGCUUAUUUAUACUUCGCUCGCAAAGCUAUCGUAGAUACCAAUUGAUUGCAUGCGCCACACGUGAUGACCCCGUGACUACGGGAUAUUUGUAUACAAGAUAAAAUACUGUCAAAACAGUAAUAUCUCAGUGUAGCCUUAAGCGUAUAUUGCGGGUUUUUCUAAUUCUAUUUUUCUUCUUAUUUUACUUAAUUUAUAUGCAUUUUUUACGCUUAUUUAUUCACCGCGUAUUUUUGACAAGUCAUCAUCUAAUGGUAUAUCCAAAUUAUCCACGGUAAUCAUUGGAAAAACAAUCGAAACUUAAACUUUUUUUCAAAAUCAUUUCAUAUUCUUGUUAUUGACAUUACA